GCCAGCUUGUCGACUAAACAUCACCCUCUUCGUUGCGCCUACUGACCUGCAUAUGUGCUUUCACGCCCGACGACACCAUCUAGCAGCUUUCCAUCUUCAUUCCCAUCUUGUCACUAUUCGUUCCAGUCUCGAGUCGAGCCUUCUCCCAACACGAGCCGUCCUACCGAAUCUGAGCUCCACAGCCACCACCCGGUCUCGUUUACGAAUACCCUGUUCACCAUCAUCCGCCCCUCUAUGUAGUCCAAGACAACAGCCACCAUAACUGGUCGCGAAGCUCUUGAAUUCCCCUCCCUCUUUGACAGAGGCUGCGCGACGCCCUCGCCGGGCCUCAACGUCAUCGAUCCGUCGCUUGUUGGCCGAACCCUGUGGCAAGGAACACAGGAGAUAGUCCCAUCAAGUUUCCGAGCAGCUGCAGUCGCUUCUUGCGCUGCAUCUGCAGCGCAGCCACCCUCGAUCCUCCAUCGUCGUUGUCCUCGUCACCAGUACUAGUCGUUCGAAAUGGGUGCGUGCGGAAGCAGAGAGGCGUCCAACGAGGACUCCGAACAGAAAAAGAGAAGUCAGGCCAUAGACAAGAAACUCGAGGAGGAUUCGCGCCGGUUACGGAGAGAAUGCAAAAUUCUGCUGCUUGGGUCUGGGGAGAGCGGCAAAUCGACGAUUGUGAAACAGAUGAAGAUUAUUCACCAGAAUGGCUACACGCAGGAAGAGAGGACGCUAUAUCGACUGACAAUAUACAAGAAUUUGGUCGACUGCAUGAAAGCGCUCGUCGGGGCCAUGCAGCAAUUUGAAAUCGAGCCAGAAGAUCAAACAGUCAGGGAUUAUGUCGACUACAUCAUGGAAUAUAAUGUGGAUCCCGAUCCCGAUACACCUCUGGACCCUAAGGCUGCAGAUGCUGUGGAAGCAAUCUGGAAGGAUCCAGCCUCGUCAAAGACGAUGGACAGACAGGCCGAGUUCUACCUCAUGGACUCGGCACCCUACUUUUUCGAAGAGGUCAGACGUUUAGCGGCCCCUGACUACAUCCCAAAUGAGGCCGACGUUCUCCGGGCACGCACGAAGACGACAGGUAUAUAUGAAACCAGGUUCACCAUGGGUCAAUUGAGUAUACACAUGUUUGACGUGGGUGGCCAACGUAGUGAGCGGAAGAAAUGGAUUCACUGCUUCGAGAACGUCACGUCGAUCAUAUUCUGUGUGGCGUUGAGCGAAUACGACCAAGUGCUUCUAGAAGAAUCGAACCAGAAUCGCAUGAUGGAGAGUCUUGUUCUUUUCGACUCGGUGGUCAAUUCCAGAUGGUUCAUGAGGACGAGUAUAAUUCUCUUCUUAAACAAAGUCGACCUGUUCAAAGAGAAACUUGGCCGGUCGCCUCUGGGAAAUUAUUUCCCGGAUUAUUCUGGUGGCAACGAUGUCAACCGUGCCGCAAAAUACCUUCUCUGGCGGUUCAAUCAAGUGAAUCGAGCCCAGCUGAAUCUCUACCCUCAUCUCACGCAGGCGACCGAUACAACGAACAUCCGCCUUGUGUUUGCUGCGGUGAAGGAAACAAUCCUACAAAACGCCCUGAAAGAUUCGGGGAUUUUAUGAAAGCCAUGAUCGAGUCGUUUCAUUUCCUCCUGAUGGGUGCAUUGUUCUGGCGUCAAGCGCGGCAUAUGAUGAUUGGGAGUCAUGAUGGAUCGGGGCGGGUGCGGUGUCUUUGGACUCCUACAGUUCGGAGCCCUCUUAUCGCCUGUCAGGUUAGCACCAGGUGUUGGGUUGAAUUGUCAGCCUUCUUGUGUAUUGACUUUAUUGCCGCAAAAGUUCCACUUUUGGGAGUUCAUUUCUUUUGUUGCGCCCGAGUCGGUGGGAAGGGGUCGAGGUGACCAGUUUUGUGGACCUGGCCUCCGGUUCCGUGCAAACGUGCGGAUGGGUGGCCGGGCCCAGGCCUCAGAAGAAGAUAAGAAGGACAGGGAAUGGAUUUGGCGCGAACACGACUUCAUGCUGCUGUGUUUGCAGCAGCACCGUGAUGUUCUCGGUCCUUGGGGGACGAUGUCACCAGCGAGAUCACCCCAAGGACGGAUGGUUGGAAAGCAGUGAGGACGACAUCUACAAUGCGAGCAAACAUCGCCGUGUACUCAUAAUAACAACACUGAUAUACGCAGAUGCAUGAUAUUCUGAUCACCUUACAAUUGGGUCCUCGGGGAUUAUUUAGUUCUAGGACAGCUCUUGACCCAGAAAUUACUUGAUGAGUUCAACGUGCGUGCACUUUAUGCUUUGCUU